AUGUUCUCCUUUUCAACGAAAAAAAAAACAUGGAAAUAAUAUUGUGUUUGGGCUUAAGAGGGGCCAUUAGUAAUUUCAUAGCGAGCUCUUUCCCUCCUCAACUUGAAAUUAUACAGAAGUGGAGGGAAAUGCCCCAAACGCCUCCGACGCUUCCACAGAAGAAAUGCCCAGGAGACGGCUUAUGCUUCGCUCCUAUUCCGAUGAAGACGAUAAUCAAGAAGAUCAACUGCAAGACCAAGACCAUGAUAAUGAAGUUCGUUCACAGAUUGAGCCUGCUGCCAAUCACUUGCCUCCAGACCCAAACCCUAACAUACAAGAACCAGUCCCUAUCUCAGACGACGAUGAUUUUGUUGACGUUUCCGAGAAUCUCACGCCUCCUUCCCCUCCGUCGGAUCCGGUCCCUAAUCAGUCGCUCCAACGAUCGACACCUGUGCCUCCGGGGAUCUCCGGUUGUCCGGUUGGGGAUUUUCUCUUAAGGAUGGGAUUGAAGUUAAAGAGAGAGUGGUUGGAUUCUUGUCUUCGUGGACUUGGCAGCUCUGUUCGGGACCUCGAUGUUGCUGCCAAGGCCAAGCUUUGCUUCCAGCAGUUUUUGUUUUCAGAUAUGAAUUAUUGCGGCGGUGGUGUGCUUCCCCCAAAUGUGGAUUCUAUGCAUCUUGUUCAUCUUCCAGGGCCAUUCGUGUUGCAGGUUGAUGAGAUUGUUAAUAUUAGUUGUCCCCUCAAAGGCAGGUAUCAAGACGCUCCUUCUGGGGUUAAGAGGUGCCUCAAACUGUCCAUGACAGAUGGAGUUCAACGUGUUUUUGGCAUGGAAUACAGGCCUAUCAAGGAUCUCCAAGUCCUAGCCUCUGCAGGAUUGAAGGUCAUAAUCAGUAAUGUGCAUAUACGGCGUGGGCUUCUAAUGCUAGUCCCUGAAGCUUUAGAAGUUCUUGGAGGGAUAGUUGAAGAGUUGGAAGCAGCUCGCCAACUUCUUGUCAAUGAAGUAAAUAAACCACCAAGGGGGAGAAGAUCAAGGACAGGAGUGGUGCCUUCUUUAGCAACAAGAGCAACUCUGGCUGCAUGGAACCGUAAUGCUGUUAAUAUUCCUGGAAAUACCAAUAGUUCUGUCGAUGUCCAUGGAAAUACCAAUAGCUCUUUUUCUGUUCUCAAUCACAGCAAUGGUUAUGUUAAUGUUCUUGAUGACACCACUUCUGUUAGUGUUCAUGGACCAGCCAAUGGUUCUGAUGUUCUUAGAUCCAAUAAUAGUCCCACAUUGCAAGGUGCAACUCCCUUUCAGGCAAACCAAGGUGGUGCUAUGGUUGCCCCUGGAAGCAGUCGAAGGUCUACAGAAGAAUUUGCUACUCCAAUGAGCUCAGGGAACACUCUACCUAAUUCAUCGUCUACUGUUGUUUCUGAUGUCGAGGAGAUGCAUACUGAUGCUUUCUUUAACAGGGAGAAUGCUGUUUCAGAUCAGCUUCCUAAUGACAUUUCGAAUCAUGAGGAUGUCCAUAUGGUUGAUGAGCUUGAACACCCCCUCAUUUUAUCUGGAGACCGAGAGAUACCUUUUACAUAUCUGGCUAGUUUGUCUGCUAAGUGGGCUGCAAUGAAAGAAAAAGCACCUUUUGUCCAAGGAAAAGUUAAGUGCUUUCUGACUGGUGUAAAGGGAUUCCAAUACAAGCGGAGGACAAAAUAUGAGCUUUGUGUGUAUGUUGAUGAUGGCAGCCUCAUUUCUGAGAUCCUAAUUGAUCACGAUGUGGUGCAGAAGGGAAUAGGUCAUUCUCCUGAGGAGGUCACUGCCGCUCUUUCGUCGCCAGAUGCAAAGAGAGUUGGUGAUAUGAAGGAAACGUUGAGACAGUUCCAAAUGUUCUUAGUGAACUUUGAGGGAACAUUGCGUAUAGAGAUGAAUGGAACCUCUUCUCUUCCCCUUGCCCUUGAGAUGAACCGGGGCUGUUCUGAUUCUGAUGCCUGGUUGCUUAUGAGAAGGCUGAAGUCUUCUUCUGCUCCUGGUCACAUACCGCCGCAGGAUCCAAUUGAAUUGUCACCAUGAAUUCCUCCUCUGCACUAAUGCUUUUUUCCUCGGUCGGAAGUUAGAACUGUUGGUCAUGACGAAACGUUUGCUGUUGUUUCCGAUUGAAAGAGGAAAUCUCUGAGCUUUGUUGUUGGGAUUCAGGGGUUAUGAUUACUCUCAAGCAGGCGUAGCGGCAAGGCAUGAAAUCGAAGUUAUCAGAGAAAACAUACAGUCAAUGCCUGGUCUUCGGUUACGUGGCUCUUGCGCAAGAAAGGUCGGAGAUACUUCUUAUCCGGGCCAGGCACCAUCCGUAGAAGGACGGUUAACUGUCCAUCUCGUUUGGUAAUGAAAAGAGGCAAACCCCUAACGGCAGCGUGUCCCUUGAACAUAAAAGUAAACUUUUAUUUCUGCUUUUUUUGUCUGAGCAAAUGCGAAGCCAACAAGAUCUAGAUAGGGGAGACCAGCCUAGGUAAUAAAAGCGAGAUCUGGAGAAGCCAUCAUCUAAGCGUUCAUCCAGCCUGCAUAUAUUUGCAGCAUUGUAUAUUCUCUCCCUUUUUCUCCCCUUAUAAUGGGUUGUGGCUGUUUUUUUGUCCAAUGAUUUGUUCAACAAUGUUUUGUAUUAUUAGUAUUAUUACCUACCCACAAAUACAAAUACGUCAUAUUUAAGCCGACUUGUUCUUCAAGAACAA